AUGAGUUUUGGGGGCUUUUUUGACCUUUCACGUUUCAUGUCAAGAAAGUAUACAAAAAAUGACGAAGAGUUCAGUAAUUUCUGCGGGGAAUUGUUGAGAAGCUUGCGUGAAAACGGUGCCGCCAUUGUUUACGAUCCAAGAUAUACUCGUAAACAGCACUUCAAAUGCAUCAAUUUGAUGGAGAAUUUCUUCGCGGUUCAUCCGAAUUUUGCUCAAGAAAUUCAUCAACAACUUUGCAUACCCGUUGAUUUUAGUGAAGAGGAGGUUUCAGAAACUCCAAUGGAGUACCGUCCAACCCUAGGUCUACCUGCAUUUCCUUCAGUGUUUCAUUGGACCAUAGGAAUGAGGCCUACAGUUACUCAAUUUCCGAUAUUAAACAAAAAAUGGCAAAACGUUUCACGUGGCUUUGCUCUCCCCAAUUGGAAAGACAACUUUGACGGCUGCGGUGAUAAACUCUUAGAUACUUUACAUAUGGUAGCCAAGUUACUUGCAAUUGGCUAUGACAUACCAAUGGAUACUUUCUCCUCUUCUAUGCAUCUGGGCCCACACUUUUUGGUUGCAAGUGGAUAUGAUUUACGCAAUUUUGGCGAGGAAGGCACUCUCUUGAGUCCAUGCCAUUUUGAAGUUGCAAUUCCGGAUGGAUGCCUUCUCGUUCAAACCGGAAAGCAGAUGGAGUGGUUGACAGCGGGAAGUUGCAAGGCUUCAAGAUAUGAAAGAGUUGUAUCUAAGAAGGUUAUUGAUGCUAUUAACCUCGCAAGAGCUCAGCAACGCAACUUGUGGUCAGUUUCUUUAAAGUUGUAUGCUCAAGUAGCUACUGAUGUACUCUUGAAGCCUGUGGCCUCUUUUGCUGGAUCGGAGAAUGCAAAGAACUAUCCUGCCAUACGUGCAGGGUCUGUUUUAGAAGUUCAGAUAUGA